AAAAGUUUUCAUAGAAAAUUAUCCAACAGGAUUAAAGUGGCGCUUAUGCCUUUACCUCUCAAAGAUUCCCAUAAUUCGUUUCAUCUUCUCUUGUUUUCAGUCUAAAGUACCCAAAAUACCCCUAACCACGUUUGACCUGGUCAGACCCCACUCCCCGUCCUCCCCACUCCUCACUCCCAUUCCGCCGCGAUGGCCUCGCCGCGCCAAAACCCUGCACCGGCGCCGCCGCCGCCGCCUCCGGUGAUCCUCACUGACGACCUCCUGGAAGAGAUAUUCAUCCGCCUCGACACCCCCGCCGACCUCGCCCGCGCGUCCUCCUCCUGCCCGCCCUUCCGCCGCGUCAUCACUGACCCCUCCUUCCUCCGCCGCUACCGCGCCCUCUACCCGCCGCCGCUCCUCGGCAUCCUCCCCCGGGACGCGGAUGCCUUCCUCCCCGCCGAGCCGCCCCACCGCAGCGCCCCCGCCGCCGGCGCCGUCGACCUCUCCUGCGCCUUCCUCCCCGACCGCCACACCUGGCGCCGCCGCGACGUCCGCGACGGCCGCAUCCUCUUCUCCCGCGAGGAGGAGUACUACGCCCCCGACGACGACGGCGCGGACGUCCUCCUCAUGGAUCUCGCGGUCUGCGACCCCUUCUCAGGGCGCUACGCCAUCCUCACCGAAAUACCGCAAGACCUAAUCGACCCCCUCGAUCUCGAGGGCCAGAGCUUCCUUUGCUUCGAGCCCUUCCUCGCCCCCGCCACCGCCGCCGACGACGACGAGGACGAGGUCGGCGGCGCCUCGUUCCGGGUGAUGUACAUGGCGCGCGGCCUGACCAAGCUGAUGGCGUUUAUCUUCCCUUGGGAAGCUGGGGAAUGGCGCGCCGUGGAGUACGAUGGUUGGGCUGCUCUGAUCAACGGGACAUCGACUUGGCUCGCCGAGAUGUUCUGGCGAUUCCAUGUACAUGGCAACAUCUGCUGGCUUUUGGAUUGGGCGAACAAGCUCCUGAUCCUGGACACCACAACAAAUCAGUUGUCCACAAUUGAGAUGGUUCCCGGCAGCUGGAAGAAAGACAUUGUAUUCCUGGAGACAGAGGAAGGUCAGCUUGGGCUGUUCGUUCUCAUCAACAAUUUUUAUACCAGCUUUGACCUCUAUUAUGCUAUUUGGCAAGAUAAUGAUAAGGGAGUGAAGCAAUGGCGUGUAAUAGAGGCUAUCCAGUUGCCCUUAAAUUAUUGGUAUGAAAAUCUCCUGGGGAUUGAUGGGGGUUACGUGCUCCUGCAAGGGAUUCCAAAGGGUUCAAAAUCAUCAUGGCAGGCCUCUUCGCGUCAAAAUGGAUCAUCACAGGCCUCAGAAUCUUCGUCAGAGGUGCCGGAGCAUGUUUGUUUUUCGGUGGAGGUCAAGACUUUUCGGGUUGAGAGGUUUUGUGGGACUAACCAUGCCAUCAAAACUGCUAACCUGUUUACCAGUUACCCACCAUCGUUGUCGCCACCGCGCUUAUGAAAUGGUAUUAGAAUCUAGUCUGUACUGGUACUUAAUCUUGUACAGACCUUAUUGCAGUUGCAGCAACAUUAUAUAUGUAUGUUCUGCGCAUCAUGGCCAUCACAGAGCUUGUAUGCAUUUUACGAUGCAUUACUGCUUUAGGUUAUUUUUAGUUUAUGCCAGCCAUUAGUGCUUAAAUUAUUGUGUUGCUGAUUGCUUAUCAAAGCCCUGAAUAGCAGAAUACGACAAUGACCAAUGUCUUGUUGAGUUGUUGAACAAUUAUACUGGUGUCAUCACACUUUGAGUUAAUUCGAAUGAUAAAGUAAAUUUGCAAAUCAUUUAGCCUUCAUAUAACAGAUACGCUGGCAAUGUUCUACUAAAAGUUGGGAGUUGGGAGAUACUGCAGACAUUCAUUUUUUGAAAAUACAUUUUCCUUAUUGUUAGCUAGUCCUCAUGUAGUUGUAUUACACCAAAGGGUGCCUUAACUCUGUGAGUUUUUAUAGGCUCUGUUUGUUGUCUGUACUCCCAACAAAUUCCCUUAAGCUUGAUGUUCUUGUUCUACAAAUAGCCAACUGAAGUUUUUAUAUGAAAGUAAAUUUAUUCCCAGACCCCCAGAAGUUAUUAGUCUCAGAAUAUUCAUCUAAAAAAUUGCCAUAAGCUUAUGUACCUUUUCUUUUCA